CAUCAUAUAGCCUCUGACACAGGAUAUGCAGACAGGGUCCGUGAUUCAUCGGUCCAAUGAUGCCGGUCCACUCUACCCCAUGUGCCCAUCAGCAACCCAGGCCCAAGCCCAUGCUGUCUCCGCUGAUCCAGAGCUCUGGCACCGGCGUUUGGGCCACCCUAGCCAUGCCGUCCUUCGUGGAGUUCCCAGUUUAUCUCAUGCGACAAUGGCACCGAAUAUCGAAACACCCCCCUCAAAAUAAUUUUCGAAAAUCUUGGCAUCACCUUCCGUUUUUCUUGCCCCCACACUAGUCAACAAAAUGGUCGUGCGGAACGCACCAUUCGCACUCUCAACAACACUGUCCGCUCUCUCCUCUUUCAAGCUAACCUUCCUCCUCAAUUUUGGGUCGAGGCCCUGUCCAUGGCCGCGCACCUUUUCAACAUACUACCCACCACUACUCUUAACUUCCGCACACCUCAUGAAGUUUUCUAUGGUCACCCCCCCACCUAUUCCCACCUCCGUGUGUUCGGCUGCCUCUGCUACCCAAAUAUCU